AUGGAAUGGGAAGACGAAAAAGUGAUAAAACUAAUAGAACUCUAUCGUUCAAAACAAUUAUUAUGGGAUCCAAAACACAGUGAUUAUAAAUUGCACCCAAAACGCUUCGACGCAUUUAAUGACAUUGCGACUGAAUUGUCUACAUCUGUUACAGAAGUAGAAAGAAAAACUCACUAUUAUCGCGAAAAAAAAUGUGACAGUUCGAAUAAAUCCGGAGCGGGUACCGAGGAAAUAUAUGAAAAGUGUUUGACACUGCUUCAAGAUCAAGCAAACACAAUUAGUGAAGGAUUGCCUGCUUUCGGUCAUAGAAGUAUAUGUUUUACUUGUGGCAAUUCUAUUCUACGUGCAACUAGAACAUAUUCAGUAACACAAGAUCGACAAGAGAGAAACAUUUUAGUUGUACAUGUUCCGCUGCAUCUGAUCUCAAGAUUGGAAAGAGUAUGUGCUGCUUGCUGGAGAUCAGCUACAAGAGAAUUUCAACGUCGUGAUCAGCACGACUCCAAUCGCCCUAGUCUGUCAGAAGCUAUUUUGCCUGAUGUACUUACAACACUCUCACCCUACGCUACAGGUUCUUAUCAAAAGCCUGUGGGCAUGAGCUAUUUGCAUGGGCUUUGUCAAGCUAGUGUAUCAAAUGCUGUUAAAGAAGUGACAAUGGCUUUAAACAAAUAUAAUAUGCUAAAAAAAUACAUACAUUUCCCUGGAACACUACAAGAAAGACAGGCUAUUAUAAAUGGAUUUUUAAAUAAAUAUGAUUUUCCUGGUUGCUUGGGGUGUAUUAAUAGCACUCAUGUAGCUAUGAUCAGGCCCACAGAACAUGAGGAAAGAUUUUUUAAUAGAAAACAUUACCAUUCCAGGAAUGUUCAAAUAACAUGUGAUAGUGAUUUAAAUAUAAUAAAUAUAGAUGCUUCUUAUGGUGGUGCUACACAUGAUGCUCAUAUUUGGAAAAACUCUCAAAUAUCACAGCAUCUGCUAGAGCUUCAUAAUAGAGGAGAGGCUGUCUGGUCACUUGGUGAUUUUGGAUAUCCAUUAAGACCUUGGCUUUUAACUCCAAUUGUAAAUGCUGAACCUGGUAGUGCAUAUGAGAAUUACACUAAUAUGCACUGUCUCACAAGAAACACUGUGGAACGGUGCAUAGGAGUCUUAAAAGCACGUUGGAGAUGUUUACUGGUACAUAGGGUACUGCAUUAUAACCAUCACAUGGUGGCUAAAAUUAUAAAUGCCUGUGCUGUCUUGCACAACAUCUGCAACAGACAUCGACUGGCUGUACUCAAAGCUCUGACAUGUGGAAGACCAUCAAAUUCCUCAGCAACCACUGCAGGGUGUCGGGGUUGGUGCAGAACAACAGCUCUUAGUUAG